GCAUGAUCCACUUGAUUAGCCGGAACAUGCCGUCGCUGUUAUGAUCAUUUGACCUUACGCCGAAUACGAAAUUUCAGCACCAUGAACCACAAUUCAGUCCCAAAGAGAGCUAAAAUGGAUGAACUGGGAGAAUUUGACAAACUUUUUCCUGAGUUGCUGGAAUGUUUGAAUGAUGGAUGUUCAAAAGAAAAGCAAUUAGACAAAGUGUUCGCCUGGUUCAAAGAGGUAUCAGAAUAUAAUGUUCCACAUGGUAAAAGGAACAGAGGUUUGGCAGUCCUUGCUUCCUUAAGAUGCUUGAAAGAAAUAGUUUCAGAAGAGGAAGAAAAAAUUGCCAGAGUAUUAGGUUGGUGUGUAGAAUGGCUUCAGGCCUUUUUCCUUGUCGCAGAUGACAUAAUGGAUAACUCUACAAUAAGGAGAGGAAGGCCAUGUUGGUACAAAAAGGAUGGGGUGGGGAUGACGGCAGUGAAUGAUGCUUUCUAUCUGGAAUCCUGUGUUUACCACAUCAUGCGUAAAUAUUGCAGAGACAAGCCAUAUUACAUCAACAUUGUAGACUUAUUUCAUGAGACAACCAUGCAGACAGUGCGGGGUCAGUGCCUGGACCUGAUCAUAGCUCCCUCUGGUGGCAGAGUAGAUUUCACAGACUUCACGGAAGACCGAUACAAUGCCAUCGUCAAGUGGAAAACCGGAUAUUACUCCUUCUAUCUACCUGUGGCACUGGCAAUGUACAUGAGUGGUAUAUCUGAUGAAGAUUCACACCAGAGAGCACAACACAUCUUACUGCAUAUGGGCAGAUAUUUCCAAAUACAGGACGAUUACUUAGAUUGUUAUGGAAAUCCAGAGGUUAUAGGAAAAAUAGGAACUGAUAUUCAGGAGAACAAAUGUAGCUGGUUAGCAAUACAGGCUCUGAAAAAGGCAACUCCAUCUCAGAGGAAGAUUUUAGAGGAAAAUUAUGCAGAUACUGAUCCAAAUAAAGUACAGAGAGUGAAAGAUUUAUAUAAAGAAUUGAACCUUAAGGAACUCUAUCAUGAAUUCGAAGAAGAGAGCUACAAGGAACUUGUAACUUUGAUUGAAAAUCAAAGAGGGAGCUUGCCGAAAUCUGUUUUUUUAACAUUUGCCAAGAAGAUAUACAAGCGUGACAGAUAACAGAACAAUAUGACUUUAUUAAAUUAUUUUUACACAAUUUUUUUAUGCAAAUACAAACAGAACAAGAAUCAUGCCUAUCAUCAGAAGUUAGUUACUUAAUUGUCAGAGUGUCUCAUCCAUCAAUCAUUGCAAAUGUCUCCCAUCUUUUGUGGCCUGUUAGCGUAAAAUGAAAUUCAUAAUCUUCUUACACUGAUAUUUUUUAAAUGCAUUACAAUGUAUUAUGUUUGAUCUGAGAACUAAGACUUUAGCACAUGGUAACAAAUCGGUCUUUGUAUGUCUGUGUGUGUGUGUGUGUAAGGGGGGUUGUAUUUGUAUGUUUCUGUUUCAGUAAUGACUAUAUUGUCAUAUACCAGCUUUGUGACAUAAUGAGUUUGUUAUUUUGUUUGCUUUUUGGCCUUUUGAGAAUGUUUUAAUUCAUUUUGAUAAGCCACAAAUUGCUGGUGGAGGGCUGCAGAU